AUGGCUCAGAAACUGGAUUUGGACGAGUUAAUUUGUAAACUUUUAAAUGUUGGUAGUCCCGGAUGUAGCUUGACAAAGACAGUGAAGGAACAAGAAAUUAUACACUUGUGCAGCUUAGCUAAAGAGGUAUUCUUGUCGCAGAACUCACUAAUCGAAGUAGAUCCACCAAUUCGGAUUUGUGGAGAUACCCAUGGUCAAUAUGCAGAUCUACUUCGAUUGUUCGAUCGAGGCGGAUUUCCACCAUUUGUCAAUUAUCUGUUUCUUGGUGAUUAUGUAGACCGCGGAAGACAGAACCUCGAAACUAUAUCACUUCUUCUUUGCUACAAAGUAAAGUAUUCGGAGAACUUUUUUCUUUUACGCGGCAAUCAUGAAUGCAGUGUUAUCAAUCGGGUAUAUGGAUUCUUCGAGGAAUGCAAUCGCCGUUAUCAAAGUGUCCGUUUGUGGCAAACGUUUCAGGAAGUGUUCAAUACAAUGCCAUUUUCGGGCCUUGUUGCGGGAAAAAUUUUAUGCAUGCACGGUGGCUUAUCACCGCAGCUGAAAAGUAUCGAUCAGCUACGGCAGAUCACUCGACCUAUUGAUCCACCCAACCCAUCAGUUCAUAUUGACUUAUUAUGGUCAGAUCCUGAUCCACUUGUUAAAGGUUGGCAAGCAAAUAAUCGUGGAUUAUCGUAUACAUUUGGCCCGGAUGUUGUGAUGGAUAUGUGUCAGAAAUUGGAUAUUGAUUUGAUCGCUCGCGCUCAUCAAGUUGUCCAGGAUGGUUACGAAUUUUUUGCAAAUCGCAAAUUAGUAACGAUAUUCUCGGCACCACACUACUGCGGUCAGUUUGAUAACGCGGCAGCUAUGAUGAACGUCGAUGAAUCACUUGUUUGCACAUUUCAGAUUCUUCGUCCAUCAAUGAAAUAUGGAAAGAUUGCAUCAAAAUGA